AUGGAAUCGGUAAGAAAUAAACGAUAUAUAAACAGUGAACAAAUACCGUGGAUUUCUGUCAUUGAAUCAGGAUCAUCUUGCUCUCAAUCAUGGUUGUGGUUGAAGCGUGAAUUUUGUUACAGCAUUAGAUCUUACAAACCAGCAAACCAACAUUAUAAAAGUUUGGCAAUGGCAGAUUCCGACAAACGCAGGGCCGAAGUUGAUGUGAAAAGGGUUUCGAUAUCAAGUUUUGAUGUCGAAAUCCGUUCUCAAGAUUCCUUAACUUCUGAUAAUCCCUUCAGUGAUCCAAAAAUCGCAGAAUACUAUCGUGCAUUAUACGAUGACAGUAAGUACGAGAGUAGAAGUGCGUUUGAUCCAGAGUUCACAUGGACAAAGGAGGAAGAACAAAAAGUCGUUCGGAAAUUGAACAUCAGAGUUGCGUUGGUUGCGUGCUACUUAUUUGUUGCUCUUCAAUUAGAUCGUGGUAAUCUAUCACAGGCUGUGGUCGAUAAUCUACUUGAAGAUUUGGGUAUGAACAGAAAUGAUUACAAUUUAGGUAAUCAAAUCUUCUACAUCUCCUUUUUACUAGCCGAAAUCCCCUCCCAAUUGAUCUCUAAGAGAUUAGGCCCAGAUAUUUUCAUUCCCAUUCAAAUUUGUUCUUGGUCCGUUGUGGCCAUGGCGCAGGCUGCUAUGCAUAAUAAGACUGGUUUUUUUAUUUGCAGAUGUUUGAUCGGAGCUCUAGAAGGUGGUUUUAUCGCUGAUCUUGUUCUAUGGUUAACUUACUUCUUUACCAGUAAAGAGUUUUCGAUCAGAUUAUCUUGGUUCUGGACGAGUUUAUCAUUAGUUCAGAUACUUAGCGCUAUAUUGGCAUACGGUAUCUUAAGAAUGAGAGGUAUCGGUGGUCUUGCUGGAUGGCAGUAUUUGUUCCUUCUAGAAGGCAUUUUAACCUUCUUUAUUGGUCUCACAGGAUUCUAUUUAAUGGUACCUAGUGCCGUUCAAACAAAGAAUUGGAUGCAUCCAAAGGGUUGGUUCACAGAGAGAGAGGAGAAGAUCGUUGUUAAUAGAGUUCUUAGAGAUGAUCCAUCUAAGGGUGAUAUGCAUAACAGACAACCAAUCUCUUUCAAAUUGAUUUGGUCUGCCAUCUCUGAUUAUGAUUUAUGGCCAAUUUACUUCAUUGGGUUGAUUGCUUAUGUGCCAACGAAUGUUCUAACAACAUAUCUCACCCUAACUCUAAAAUCUGUGGGGUUCAGCACAUUCAAUGUGCAGCUACUUUCUAUUCCAUAUCAGGUUAUUCAUAUCAUUUUCCUUCUCGGAAUCACGUGGUUCUCAGAACGAGUCAAACAGAGAGCCUAUAUGGGUAUCAUCUCAGCUGUAUGGAAUGCCUUCUUCCUCGCUAUUCUAAGAUGGUGGAAGGGGUCCCUAGUUGAAGCUUGGCCUACGUUUGCAUUAUGUACACUAUUGCUAGGUUCCCCAUAUGUCCACGCAAUUUGUGUCAGUUGGGUCUCCAGAAAUUCCAACUCCAUCAAAACCAGAGCUUUGAGUUCUGCAUUGUAUAAUAUGGCUGUCCAGGUUGGGGCUAUCUAUUCCGCUCAGAUCUACAGAGAAAAUGAUAAACCAUUAUACCACACUGGUAAUACUGUUCUAUUUUCAUUAGCAGUUGUAACUACUCCAAUCUUUUUGUUUGUGAAAUGGUAUUAUCAUAAAAGAAACAAGGAUAAGGAAGCCAUCUGGAGCAAGAUGUCCGAAGAUGAACGUAUUGAAUAUAUUCAUAAUACCACUGAUACGGCUAAUAAGAGAUUAGACUUUAGAUUUGCUGAGUAA